AUGAGUAUUUUAUUUGAAAAUGAAUAUGGUUGGAUUCUAUCACAUUCCGAAUAUAUAAAAAAUGUUUAUAAACAAACAAAAUACUACGAUACAAUCAUCGAUUAUGAGUACAAAGAUAAACUUUUUGAAAUAAAUACAGCAUAUUUACGAACAAAUCAAAAGCCAAAUGGGUCUGUUAAAGUUCGUAAAAGAAAUCAUGCUACUCUAACGGAAAAUCAAACAAGUAUUGAAAAUGAUAUACGAGAUGUACAGAAUUUGUAUAAUUUAAUAUCAAAGGAUGCCAACAUUUUUGAAAAAAGCACUACAGAUAUAGCUAAUGAAGAUGCAUUAAAAACUGCACAAGAAUGUUAUACUUUGUCGGCUGGUGAUCAUUUUUUAAAUAUGGUUGCUGGAAAUGAUAGUUUAUCGCCAAUUAAAAUGAAUCGGCAUGAUAAAAAUUAUAUUUUUCCACCAAAAACACUUUUCUAUUGUAAAGAUGUAAAAGAAAUGUUACAUUGGGAAACAAAUGAUCUGUUUAAUAUUAUUUUAAUGGAUCCCCCUUGGAGAAAUAAAUAUAUUCGUCGAAAAAAAUCACAAGUUGCCUCACAUAGUUACACAAUGUUGUUUGACGAAGAGUUGAAAGAUCUUCCUAUAAAAAAAUUAUUGGCAAAAAAUGGAUUAGUCGUUGUGUGGUGUACAAAUUCACCAAACCAUUUAAAUGCUAUCUUAAAUGAUUUUUUUCCUAAAUGGAAUAUUAAAUUUUUAACGAAAUAUUAUUGGCUAAAGGUAACAAAAUCUGGUCAACCAGUUUGCCAGUUUAGCCCACCGUCGGGAAAACAGCCUUUUGAACAAAUUGUUAUUGGUAUAAAUGUUUUAUCUGAUCAGCAAUUUUCAUUGAAUAAAAGAAUAAUAGUAAGUAUUCCAAGUGCUUUACAUUCACACAAACCACCAUUAACAGAAAUUUUCAAAGAAUUUAUUCAAGAAAAUUCUAAAUGUUUGGAAAUUUUUGCUCGAUAUCUUUUACCAAAUUGGACAAGUUGGGGAUUAGAGGUAUGCCGCUUUCAACAUGAAAGCUUAUUUGUUACGUGUAAGUCUUAAAAAUAUUAUUAAAAUUUUAUUUUAUAUGGUAAAGGUGGUAUUAUGAGCUCCUGUAUUAUUUGUUCCUUUUAUAUUUAAAUAUCUACUCAGGUAAUUUUCGGAAAAAUAUCUACUAAUUUAAAAAAAAAAUAUAUCCAGAUAAUUCAAAUAAUAUUUCAACA